AUGUCAAGAAUUGACUUCUUUUUAAUUGAUGAAAGGCUGUGCACAGCCAAAAUAAGAGCAAAGAUACUACCUAUUUUUCUCUCAGAUCAUGGACCAAUUUCUCUGAACUUUCAACUGGCAGCCUCAGAAACAAGGUCUUUACGGUUCCACUUUCCCUCCUUCUUAGCCACCAAUGUAAAAUUCAAAACACAGCUGAAAACUAAAUUUGAGGAGUAUAUUCAUUACAAUAGGGACCAUUGGGAACGCCCCUUAAUCCUAUGGGAAGCAGCUAAAGCGGUUAUGAGAGGCGAAAUCAUCGCCUAUAGUGCAAUGAGGAGUAAAAAACUAAGAUCCAGAGAAAGAGAGUUAAACAAUGCAGUGAUUAACUCAUAUAAUCGUCUGCUUUUGACUAGAAACCCGGCCAACUGGGCAAGUUAUAUUAGGGCUAAAAAUGACAAAGAUACAUUUGCAAUUCAUAGGGAAACCCAAUCCGAGUUAAAACUACAAUCUAGAUUAUACAGAUAUGGAAACAAAUCUGGCAAAUUACUUGCUAACUUGGUCAAAAAUGAUAAAAAGCCAUCAUUUAUUGAAAAACUUUUUGUAGAAGGGAAGCUUUUCACGGAGAAUGCAGAUAUACAUAAGGAAAUGACCAAAUAUUAUCAAGAGGUAUACUCCUCGAGAAAAUCUGACGUAAUACAGGCAGAGAACUUCUGGAGUAAUAUUGGUUGCCCCAAGGUAUCGGCAGAAUCAAUAGAGAUUCUUAAUGCUCCGAUACGGGUGGAGGAAAUAGAAAAAGUGAUUUCUGAAGCUGCCACAAAUAAAGCUGCAGGGCCGGAUGGCUUACCAAGUGAAUUCACAAACUGCAGUAAUCCUAGUCCUGGUCAGACUGCAAAUGCUUCUUUCAGUCUUUUCAAAAAUCAAAGAAGCCGCGUGGAAAAUAUAUGUUUUGAAUGUGGGAAGUGUUUCCCAGAGAAAUCAUUUCUUCUUGACCAUCUGAAAAUUCAUACAGGAGAUGAAGCAUUUUCAUGUUCUCACUGUGGGAAAUGUUUUACUCGGAAAGCAAAUCUUAUUCAUCAUCAGAAAAUUCAUACAGGAGAGAGAGAAUUUUCAUGUUCUGACUGUGGGAAAUGUUUUACUCGGAAAUCAAAUCUUAUUCAUCAUCAGAAAAUUCAUACAGGAGAGAAAGAAUUUUCAUGUUUUGACUGUGGGAAAUGUUUUACUCGGAAAUCAAAUCUUAUUCAUCAUCAGAAAAUUCAUACAGGAGAGAGAGAAUUUUCAUGUUCUGACUGUGGGAAAUGUUUUACUCAGAAAUCACAUCUUAUUAAGCAUCACAAAAUUCACACAGGUGAAAAGGCAUUUUCAUGUUCUGACUGUGGGAAAUGUUUUACUCGGAAAUCCAAUCUUAUUUAUCAUCAGAAAAUUCAUACAGGAGAGAGAGAAUUUUCAUGUUCUGACUGUGGGAAAUGUUUUACUCAGAAAUCACAUCUUAUUAAGCAUCACAAAAUUCACACAGGUGAAAAGGCAUUUUCAUGUUCUGACUGUGGGAAAUGUUUUACUCAGAAAUCACAUCUUAUUAUACAUCACAAAAUUCACACAGGUGAAAAAGCAUUUUCAUGUUCUGAGUGUGGGAAAUGUUUUAUUCAGAAAUCAGAUCUUAUUAUGCAUCACAAAAUUCACACAGGUGAAAAGGCAUUUUCAUGUUCUGACUGUGGGAAAUGUUUUACUCGGAAAUCAAAUCUUAUUGAUCAUCAGAAAAUUCAUACAGGAGAGAAACAAUUUUCAUGUUCUGAAUGUGGGAAAUGUUUUACUCAGAAAUCACAUCUUAUUAUGCAUCACAAAACUCACACAGGUGAAAAAGCAUUUUCAUGUUCUGAAUGUGGGAAAUGUUUUACUCGGAAAUCAGAUCUUAUUAUGCAUCACAAAAUUCACACAGGUAAAAAGGCAUUUUCAUGUUCUGACUGUGGGAAAUGUUUUAUUCGGAAAUCAGAUCUUAUUAAGCAUCAUAAAACUCAUACAGGUGAAAAAGCAUUUUCAUGUUCUGACUGUGGGAAACGUUUUACUCGAAAAUCAUAUCUCAUUAUGCAUCACAAAAUUCACACAGGUGAAAGGGCAUUUUCAUGUUCUGACUGUGGGAAAUGUUUUACUCGGAAAUCAAAUCUUAUUGAUCAUCAGAAAAUUCAUAAAGAUGAGAAAGAAUUUUCAUGUUCUGACUGUGGGAAAUGGUUUACGUUGAAAUCACAUCUUAUAAGGCAUCAGAAAAUUCAUACAGGAGAGAAAGUAUUUUCAUGUUCUGACUGUGGGAAAUGUUUUAUUCAGAAAUCAACUCUUAUUGAUCAUCAGAUAAUUAGGCAUCAGAAAAUUCAUACAGGAGAGAAAACAUUUUCAUGUUCUGACUGUGGGAAAUAUUUUACUCGGAAACUACAUCUUAUUAGACAUAAAAAAAAUCAUAUCAAAGGAAAAUCAGAGCUUAUCCUCUUAAAGGGACAGUCUGGUCCAAAAUAAACUUUUGUGAUUCAGAUAGAGAAUUUAAUUUUAAACAAUUUUCAAAUUUACUUUUAACACCAAUUUUGCUUUGUUCUCUUGGUAUUCUUAGUUAAAAGCUAAUCCUAGGAGGUUCAUAUGGUAAUUUCUAAGCACUUGAAGGCCGUCUCUUCUCUCAGGACAUUUUGACAGUUUUUCACCACUAGAGGGUGUUAGUUUAUGUGUUUCAUAUAGAUAGCACUGUGCUCACACACGUGGAGUUCAGAUGAGCCAGCUCUGGUUGGCUAAAAUGGAUGUCUGUCAAAAGAACUGAAAUAAGGGGACAGUUUGCAGAGGAUUAGAUACAAGGUAAUCACAGAGGUAAAAAGUGUAUUUAUAUAACUGUGUUGGUUGUGCAAAACUAGGGAAUGGGUAAUAAAGGGAUUAUCUAUCUUUUUAAACAAUAAACAUUAUGAUGUAGACUGUCCCUUUAAGUGCAGAGACACAUAGUCAUCAUCUGUACAAUGUUUAGAGUGCUGGUGAUGACUACAUUUGGUGAUCUGUUGAAUAAGCUUUUGCAGCUGUUUACAAAUAUAGAAACAUAGAUUGUGACGGCAGCUAAGCGCCAUAGGCCCAGCAAGUCUGCCCGAUAUUUCCUAAAUGUAUAAACUUAUGUAGUUUGUAGGAUAGUAUUAUGCUUGUCCCAGGCAUAAAUUAGUACAUAGGAUCCCUUUAUGCUUAUCCCAGGCAUUCUUAAAGUCCCCCACAGUGUGUGUCAUUACCACCUCUGAUGGAAGUUUGUUCCAAAAAUUAUUCACCCUUUUUGUAAAAAAGCACUUCCUAAAAUUACUCUUGAAUAUACUACCCUUCAGCUUGA